CGAGACGAAAGAAUUGGACAAUGAUAACAAGUGUUGUGAGAAAAUUGAGAAACAGUAAACCUCAACUGGAAGCUGAUGCUUUACAUUUACAAUUAGAUCAUUUCAAAAACGAGAAUACAAAGUUAAUUUCAUAGAAGAUGAAGAAUUUAUUAGGCAAAAGAAAUAGUGGUAAUACAGCCAAGCUGACGAGAGGGAUCUCUCAGAGGAUUACGAAUAGUCCGAAUAGCCCUCCAUCUUUGAAAUCACCAGCUAGAACCUUUCUUUUAGAGACACCAGUUCAGUUCACUACGGGCAUGCAAUCUCAGGAGAGGCACCUCUUUCCCUUUACUGAUCUCCUGCUCAUCGCGAAAGCUCGUAGCGGCGGGAACUUCAAGCUAAAGCAGUCGGUGAGAAUGAGCGAGCUCUGGCUCACGGCGGGUCACAUAGAGGAUGUGGCGGAGACCAGCAAGUUCGCGGACACUAGCUUCGUCCUCGGUUGGCCCACUACGAAUGUCGUAGCCACUUUCAUGACUGCCGCGGCGCGGGAUCUCUGGUGGGGACGUCUGAACGAGCUCGUGCGAGAAGAAAGCAUGAAGAAGCCGCCGCAUACGAACAUUCAAAUCGUGUAUCACGACAGCGACACGAACAACGAAUACUGCAAGACGAUCAUGGUCGGCUCCGAGAUGACGGCGCAUACCUGCCUGAGCAUGGCGAUGCCGCUGUGGGAUCUGCAGGGACCCUUCCAGCUGUGGGCCCGAACGUUCCCGGACGAGGCGCCGUACCCGCUGAUAGGUCACGAGCGGCCGUUCGUCGUGAAGAUGUCGAGCCUGCGACACAUUCUGUCGGCGGAGGAAGGCUUCGAUCUGGAGCACUGCAACAAGAGCGGUCACGAUCCAUGCCACUUUAUCCUUCGACCUGUUAUGAAGUCGCCCGUGAAAAAGAAUAAUCGAUCGAAGAUAACCGAUCUGUUGCACCGCUCGCUGUCGCUGAAUCCCAGCCUUUUCGGCGUGAAUCUGUCCCGGCUGGAUGAGAAUGGUUUACCGAAACCCGUUUUGGUGAUGCUGCAGCAACUAUUCGCCAAGGGCCCGUUCACGCAGGGAAUUUUUCGCAAGUCCGCGAACCUCCGAAACGUCCGCGAGUUGCGGGAUCAAAUCGAGUCCACGGGAGAUCUCAGCUGUCUGGAGGACGCGCCGGUUGUAACGGUGGCGUCUCUGCUGAAGGACUUUUUGAGGUCACUACCGGAUCCCCUCUUGACCUCUCACCUGUUUCCUCUCUGGAUGGAGAGCCUGGACACGCCAAAUCUCGUUCAAACUAUUAAAAGCAUUCUAGAUAAACUGCCAAAGGCGAAUUACACGUUACUCUCGCAUGUGAUCUGCGUGUUGCAUCACGUGGCAAGACGGUCGAAGCGUAAUCUCAUGUGCGCCAGUAACCUGGGCGUCUGCUGCGGCCCGAGUUUACUUUGGUCCUCGAAUCCGACGGUGAAUCAGAGCAGGGCGAUUCCAAUAAUUACGGAAAUGUUGAUCCGCCACUGCGAGGAUCUGUUCGGAGCCGGCGUCACGCAGCUCCUCGGGGAAGAUACACGUAGCGACAGCGGAGCCGAAGAGAGCACCGACAGUCUUCACUGUGAGUGUGGGAUAUCCUUGGAUAGCCUGGAUCUGACGGAGGCGCCACGUAGGGAUCCGAUGUCCUUGUCGAGGAACUCGGGCUUGACCUUGUCGGACUGUCAGUUAUUCAUCCCGGAGUCGCCCGUAGGCUCCGAGGAUUCGGCCCCGAACGCCUCGUCGUCCAGUAACUACCGCGAGGACAAGCCCCUCGCGAAGGAGGACAAGAUCAGCAGCAAAUCCUACGUGUCGGUUUACAGAUGUGGCUGGGAAGAGAGAUUGAACGGCUACACGUCGGGCAAUCACACCCACGCGAACGGCGCGGAGCACAGCUUCAGGGAGGAGAAGAGCAACGCGGGUUACCCCAAUCCGAACUUCCAGCGGCAGGACUGGCUGCGGGCGCAGCUCAAGAGAACGUCCAGGACGAACAAGCUGGACGAACACGAGCACAGGAAGGAGAGAUUCGGUGACAAAGAUAUCUACGAGACGGAAUAUCUCAGGCAGGACAUGAAGGAGAACGUGGAGAACUGCAAGACUUAUCGGAGCAGGCAGUUGAACGUGAGCUACGACGCAUUGUCGGAGGAUUACGACAGCAAGAGUUCGCAGCAGGAUAUUCGAGGCGGCGAUCCAGCGCGUCGAUCCAGUGAUAGCGAUUGCUACGAGUUCAAGAAGAAGGACGGUUACAGCGAGUACCAGAAAGAGAAAGAGGCUUAUAAUGAAUACAAGGUUUCGUGUGCCGGUCGCCAGUAUCCCGUGACUCGGGAAACGCCGGAGCAGAAAGCCGCUCGUUGUCUAGUGCGUCAUCAGAAGCUGUGCGAGGAGUACGAGAGCAUCAAGCACAUAUACAUGGAAGUGUUCAAGUUCUGCAAGAACGAAGAGCCGCGGGGCGAAUACGAAUGAUCGGACAUGAGCGAUUCGUACAAGGGCACGGUAGUCGAUCUCAACGAGGACGAGCACGAGGGGGAGAAGACCUCGUGGCCGGACACACCACCACCGCUGCCGCCGAGGUUCAGGCAUCUACCCGUGCACAUGAAUCUCGAGGACAGGCACAAGGUCGCGGGUAGAUCUAGAUCUCUGCCGCCGCCGCCGCCCUACCGACCGCCACCGCAACCCCGCGCCCCCAUUACCACGAGGCAUUUAGGCUUCGACAGAUCUGUCAUCGACGACGAGAGCUACGUCUGAACAGUCGACCCAGGUCGCCUCGUGAUUGUCAAGAGACCCCCCCCCCCAUAUUAUCAUUGAUUCCGGCGUGUUAUGAUAUCCGCGUCGUGGGUUUUCUACGACGACUGAACCUAGUCCAAAUCGAAACGCUGUAGUAUCGCGAAUGAUAGAAAGAUUGAAGAUUUUGUUAGCGUCUUAAAGCGCGUCAUUGCGAUUCUUUCUUAAAAAAAACGACGAACACUUGUCGUCUUUCAUUGAUCAAACUUAUUGUUAGUGGUAACGAGACAGAGCGUAUGCCUGAGAUGACAGUGGGCAGUGGGAUUCGCUGUCUGUUGACGCUUAAUCGACAAUAAAUUCUGAUCCGCAUCCUCGUCUCUUAGCGCUGAAUGCGUUCGUACAACUUUCAUCUACGUUGAUUUGAGUUGUUUUGUGUAAGUAGACUAGAUGUCAAUUUAUAUGAUCGUGUUCAAGGCUAAAAAUGCUGAUCGAGGAUCCAGAUCUGUGGCUGUCAUUCAGUGAUUCAGGGUGCUUCCACAAGCAUUAAUUCAUAAUAUCUUGGUAGGCUUAGUAUUCGCAUAUAAGUAGCUUACUAAGCGUAAACUAAGUGACGGACAAUACUAUCGCCGAAACGAUACUACAAGUAAUUCUUUUCUUACGUAAAUAACAUUUGUAAAAAUAUUAAUAAAAGCAGAGACGAAUAAAGUUUUUUUCGAGAGACGUGAGAGAAUCGAGGAUGUGUACUAACAAUGCAUUAAUAGCCAUAAUAAUGCGUUCGAUGAGUGUGCGAUGAGCCGCACGCUCGGCGGUAUAUUUUAUAGCGCGUUAAUUAGUGGAAGUUUUUAUUUUUGCAAAUUACUUUUUUACCAAGUCGUACGUUCUUGGGAUUUUUUACGUUUUCAGGAAGCCAGAAUCGGUCAGAAAAAUAAUUGCAAUGGAAUAAAAAGUCUGCAAAAUGUCUUAUAUAACUGGUUUUCCAUAACCAAUUUCGAGCUGAUUUUAAGUUCAUGGUGGUACUACUUCCAGUGAUCGAUCACUUUUUAGACGUAUGUAUGUGUUAUAGAAACACGUUCGUAACUGUCUUUUAACAGAAGCAUGGACGGAAAAAAUGUACUUUUCGAAAUGUGUUCUUUUCCGCGUUUGUUCAUAAAAUUUUGCGCGGAUUGAGCAAGAGUGAUUAGAAGAUGAGUAUGUCGAAAUACUAUAUGGUAGUAUUUUGUGUCUGACAAUCACGAUAUAUGAUUUUCGAGAACACAAAACGCUUUGCGUUUACGAAGACAAGUGCGAUUAUAUUCUUAACGGCUAUAGAUAUAUAUAAUAAACGUUGAAGUGUUAUACUUGUCGCUCUUUGUAUAUAUUAAAAUCUGUAAACUGUCAUCUUUUA